UAUACAAUCGCGGUGAGCAUUAACAAUCCAUUUAUUAACUGAAACUGCAUGUACUGCAAAUCCUUUUAACAUUUUAUUUUAGUCACAUGACCUUCGACGAGAUUCAAUAUCGUACGGAGGAUGUUGCAGAAAAUGUCACUUCCGCUGAUCUGGAAAUAGAACUGUUAUCUCUCCGGAGGUGUAAAUGAUGUACACUCCCCUCGUCCGUUAAAUUCACCCCCAUGGCAGCAAAUGAAGGGUUCGAGAGGGUUCGUAGCCCUUUUGAUUUGCCAACCCAUCAGAAACGCCUGCGCCAUCUGAAGUCUAUAUGGAUGAGAAACUUACAAUGCAAAAGUUUUAACAGAAGUGAAGUUAGCAAGAUGGAUGCUUUCUUUACUCUGCAUAAAGAUGAGAAUUCAGAAGCUGUAUAUAAAAGUGAGAAAAUUAUCGGAUCAAUGAAUCCAUCAUGGAAGAGUUUUGAUGUAAGUUUCUUUGAAGAUAAACUGGACACGAUUUCUAAAUAUGUUGUUAUAAAGAUAUGGAUUGGUAUUGGUAAAAAUGUUAAAUUAUUGGUGGAUUUGCAAAUUAAUCUUGAUGGUCUUAUGUUUUUGGCUGAUAAGUUACAAAUGGAAGGUGUUAAGUAUACACCUAAUACAGUCAUAUUUGGAAUGUUUGAUAAAUACUUUGUAGAUUCAAAAAUCAUCCAAACACUCACAAAACAGGAAGAAGAGGUAGAAAAUAAAAAACAGUUAGCCGUUAAAAUGUUGCAUGUUUAUUUAGCCAACCAGAGACGUUCUUACAAUUCCAACUCUUUAACAAGAAUCCAUACCAUACUAAGAGCUGUAAAACAGACCCAAGCUUCUGUACGACGAGUACAUCAACACAUACAAGAUAAAUUAAUAGCAGCACAACAACUAGACGAGAAGUUAGCAAAGCGAGAAGAAUUAUUACUGAAAGUAAACCAGUUAGGUAAUGAGUUGAUUUGGCAGACGACGAAACUGCAGACUGACAAAGAUACGUUUGAUAGACAGCAUAAUACAAUCAGAUCACGAUAUGAAAAGUUAAAAGAGAAUAAAAAUAAUUUAAAUAUUUCUAGAAAUAAAUUAGAUGAGGAACGGCAGACGUAUAAUCAACAACGGGAGAAAUGGAUCAAAGAGAGCGCUCAAUUAUUAAUACGUAGAAAACAGCUGAUUGGUGAUCUAGCUACAUCAGUCUUUCCUAUAAUAGAGUCUGAGAAACAAGAGAUGUAUAUUUGUGCCGUAAGAUUACCUAAUUCAGAAAGUUAUCAAGGACAAGAUGAGAUGAUGAUUGCUGUGGCACUAGGUUACACAUGUCACCUGACGUUAAUGAUCUCUCAGAUUCUAUCUCUACCUCUACGUUACAUCAUGGAAUUCCGUGGUUCACGAUCACAAAUACGAGAUCAUAUUCAUGUUAAAUUAACAGAGAAAGACAGAGAUUUUCCACUGUAUGGUAAAGGAAAAGAGAAAUUCCAGUUUAAUUAUGGUGUAUUUUUAUUGAAUAAAAAUAUAAGUCAGUUACGUUUUUAUUGUGGUUUAGGUACAAGUGAUUUAAGAUUAACGUUACCUAAUUUAAAAUCUUUAUUAGAAUUACGGUUAGGGGUUAAAUGUGAUCAUACUACAACUCAUUCAUUAACACCAUCAGUUUCUGGCGGGCAGACAACAGUUAGUUCUUCAGUGAAAGAUGGAUCACGAAGUAUGACUGGAUCAAGCUCAGCGUCGGGCAAUACUCAACAGGAUCAAUCGACCUUGCUGAAUUCUCUAGAUACUGAAAUUAAUGAGAGUUAUCUUCCCCUUGAUAGGCAAAUCAGUGAAUUUGAGUACCAUUCAAAAUCUGUUCUAGAACAUAAGCAACUUCUCCACCAAGAUUCCUAUGACAAUAAAGGUGAAUUUCAAACUAACAGCAUAGAAACAAGUAAAAACCCUUUAUUUUUAACGUCAGACUUCUCGAUUAACGCAUCGUCUAGUGAUAUACACAUGCAUAAUAACACAAAUAGUGAACCAAAUCAAGAUGAAACACAAAGUGACUCAUUUGUGAACAGUACUUUUACUGUCAUGUCUAAAGAUUUAAACGAUAUUAAGGGCAGUAACUCUGAUGAUUAUGUUAGUUCAUCUGAAUUUACCGACACUUUGACUUGAUAGUGCUUUAAUGUAGAAGAUAUGUAUUCUCGAUCAUUCCAGUCUAUAUUGUCUUUUCUUGGACUACAAUAAAUAUAGUUUCAACAAGAUAAUACCAUAUCAGUUCACCCUGUCAAAGGUCAUACAGAGAUAUCUUGGAAGAAAAUGACAUUUUCAAUAAGUCAUUACCUUAACUGUAUACACAGAUAGUCACUAUAUACACACCAUGGCUGCUGUGCAUUUCAGACUAAUAAAAUUAAUUAUAAUUAAAACAGGAACAAUAUAGGCAGGAAUGACCGAGACUUGUAAACUGGUAGUUCCACCUUCUUGAAUUUCCAAUAAAACGUUUGGAAAAGUUCUUCUAGUGAAUUUCUAUGUGAUUGUUACAGAAUGGAAUUAGAAAGUAAAACAAUAUUUUGGAUAUUUUGAGACUAACAUGUGGUUAGGUUUAAUUUUCUAUUCUAAUGUGUGUAAUGUGAAGGAGAGAAUUGUUCCCAAAGACUCAAUAUUUAGCCGUUAUGACCAAAUUCUGGCUGUUUUGACCAAAGUGAAUUUUGGCCGUUGUAGCUGAUAUGACAUCCUAACUUACUUGAAACAAACAAUAUACAUGUAGGACCAAAGUGUAUCUAAUGACGUGUGCUGUUCAGUAAAAUUGUGGAUUAUUGAGUAUAGCUGGGAGAUAAAAGUAUUAUAUUCCAGGUUUCAUGGAUGAAGAAAACACAAAAUAUGAUGCCACGACAUAGAAAUUAGAGAGAUGAAUAUGUAUUUAUGAGGUUUUCCUCCUUUUACACUAAACCCAAAAUCAAUUAUAUCUCAACAUUAGCUUUAUAGACCUCAAAUUUUCUAGGAAGACAGAUUGUCACUCCACAAAACAAAUCAAUGUAUAAAACAUACUCUUCAAAAAAAGAAACGCAUAGCCCAUUUUUCAUCAUUUUUUUUAUUUAACAGGGAUCGAUGUUUCCAUAAAUCUUACUUGUUUUUAAUGUUAUUAAGUAAGGAUAAAAGAAAUUCAUUAUUGGUUUUAAAUGUAGGGUCACUAAUUGUGACUUGAAUGAGCCAAGUGAUGCCACAUCUGAAUGAAGACCAAUGCAACAACACGAUCAGUCGGUUACAAGCAGGUGAAUCCCAGACAGAUGUAGCCAGACGGCUGAAUGUUUCCCAGAGUACCAUCUCUCGCCUUUGGGAUAGGUACCGACAGCGAAGUUCAACAAGUGACCAACCAAGCCCAGGCCAAACAAAAGUGACCUCGCCUGCCUUGGUUACGUCAUUUGCGAGGUCCACUGCAGCAUCAAUUCUUGGACGACUUAGGAGCUCAGACCAGACAGUCCGUAAACACCUACGUGAAACCGGAGUACGUCCCGUUAGAGCUGCUGUUUUAAAAUACGCGGACACCGUCAAAUCCGACUUCAAUGGGUUUAGACACACAAGGUAUGACCACAGCAAUGUGGCGAGAAGAGUAUAUAAAUUAGUAAUACAAAAAUUUGUGUUAUUAUUUAUAUGUCUUGUAGAGGUUGAUAAUUUCUAUUUAUUUAAAUAUUGGAUAUGGAAUUAAUACAUUGGUCUUUUGAUUAUA